CUCCCUUAUCACACCACUAAAUUCCAAGCCUCCUUUGCUCCCUGUGGCAUUUAUUACUGUAACAUCUCACUCCUGCCAACCUCACCACCUCAACUUCACAACUAAAAACUCGGAAGUAAACAAAAAGCCUAUAAACCGCCAAAAUAAUGGUCAUAAACUCUGGGGACUAAAAGCUUAGGCUCUUUGUUUACGGGAAAGCUCUUCAACCAUUCUUUUUGGGACUUUUAACUUAAAAAUUUUAGAAUAUUUCUGAGAAGACUGGUGGCCCAGUCUAUUCACAGGCAAACCUUGGAAACAACAAAGAAAAUCCCUAAUAAGUAGGCUUAAGCUUUUUGCACCACAGCUUUUAAUUUAGAGGAAGGCACACGGUAUAAAACUUGAUGUUCAUAACUAUCCUCCUAACCAUGUACUGCGACGGUCACGAUCCUCUUAGAUAAGCGAGGGGUCAAACAUAAGCUCAGAGAGGUCAAAGAUACUCAAUAUACUUGUCAACAGAGGAGCCACGGUUGAAUCUGAACCCAAAUCUCCUUGUCUGAAAAGCCCAUAGUUUUCUUCACACCUUGGAUGCCUCAGGUUCCGAAUGUUCUCGCCUAAAAAGCCGAUGGAAGAUGUACGUCUUAGAGAACCUCAAUAUACCUAAAAUAUAAAUGUUUAGUUGCUUCCGUGAAUACACCUGAGGGAUCAGGCUAACACUGCGCUUCCGAAUGGAGUGAGCCAAGUGAGCCCAAUAAAACGAAUUUCCUCAGGCAGAGCGUUAGUUCUAGGGCCGACCGCCGCAAGGGGCGUCAAAGCUCAGCUCUGCCUCGCACGAGAAGGAGGGGGCGGAGAAGAGGGGGACGGCAGGUCGCGAAACUCUCACUCAUUGGCCCGUUCCCUCGCGCGUCGCCGCGAGGUCCCGCCCCUCGCAGGCCCGGCCCCGGGAGGGAAGCCGAACAAGGUCUCCCGGGCAAGCAAGCGCGCUCGCGGCCUCCUCGCCUCAGCCCUCCAAAUGAAGCCUUUCUUGGAACGGCUUUCCACUCGGCCCCCACCUGCGGACUUCCGGCCGGCUACCCUUCCACCGCCCCGCCCCACAAGGGCGGAGGAUGCUGGCCUUCACCAAUCAUUGAGCGCGUGUGGUAGGAGUGGGUGGGGCCUGAGAGAUUCGAAAGGAGCCCCGCCCCCUCGGAGCGGGUUCCCUGGACAAGGUUGUGGGAGGAAAACACCUUCCGCGGGAGCUCCGGGGUCUAAGCUGACUUUUGCUCCUGCUGGCUGGAACAUGGAAGAUUUAGAAGAAGAUGUAAAGUUUAUAGCAGAUGAGACCUUGGACUUUGGGGGGCUGUCACCAUCUGACAGUCGAGAGGAAGAAGAUACAGCAGUGUCGGUGACUCCGGAGAAACCCCUCCGACGAGGUCUCUCCCAUCGAAGUGAUCCAAAUGCAGUGGCCCCCGCCCCCCAGAGUCUGAGGCUCAGUUUAGGCCCCCUCAGCCCAGAGAAGCUGGAAGAAAUCCUCAGUGAAGCCAACCGGCUGGCAGCUCAUCUGGAACAGUGUGCCCUGCAGGAGCGGGAGAACACCGGUGAGGGCCCGGGGCCUCGAAGGGUGAAGCCCAGCCCUCGGCGGGAGACCUUUGUGCUCAAGGACAGUCCUGUCCGAGACCUGCUGCCCACCGUGAGCUCUUUGUCUCGGAGCACUCCCUCCCCAAGCAGCCUGACACCCCGACUCCGGAGCAGCGAUAGGAAGGUGUCAGUCAGGGCUCUUCGAGCAACAUCUGGAAAGAGGCCCUCCAGCAUGAAGAGGGAGUCGCCCACUUGCAAUCUGUUCCCUGCAUCCAAAAGCCCAGCAUCUUCUCCUCUUGCCCGAUCAACUCCUCCAGUCCGGGGGAAAGCCGGGCCCAGUGGGAGAGCAACAGCAAGCCCACCUACCUCUGUCAGACCAGUCUUGGCUCCACAGCCUUCUACCAGCAACUCUCAGCGCCUGUCUCGGCCACAGGGAGCAGCUGCUAAACCUUCCAGUCGACUGCCUGUUCCGUCGGCCAUUCCCAGGCCUGCCAGCAGGAUGCCACUCACCAGCCGGAGUGUACCAUCCAGCAAAGGUGCCCUUCCUCCAGAUUCCCUGCCAGCUCGGAAAGGACUUCCAAGACCAAGUGCCGCAGGGCACAGAGUUCCUGUUUCUCAGCGACCAAAUCUUCCCAUCCCUGGUGCCGGUCGCAGCAAUCUGCAGCCCCCCAGGAAAGUUGCAGUCCCAGGACCUACCAGGGAGCUGGGUGGUGAGGGGGAGAAAGGGGAACAGGGACCUGGUCCUUCGAAGAAGAGAGCCAAUUCCAAGAAGGGGAUAAAAAUAGAACAUGUCUCAGAGGCCACAGCAGGUCAGUGGGGUUUGUCUGGUCUCAGAGGAGGGCGAGUGGACCCUGGAACCCAGACUGGAGACCUGGGCUGGAGACAGCACGGGGCAACCGUGCCAGCCCCAUCUGUCCUCUUCCUCCCUGUCCCACCCACACAAUAGCAAAGAAGCUCAACUUAACACAUGACUGGCCUUCCCCAGCACGGGGCGGGCAGGGAAAUGAAGCACUUUUGGGUCAGCGAACUGAGCAAACACCUGGGCUGCAGUGCAUGGCCAGAGUCCAGGGAAAGGAGAGGGGCUGGGGUGGCCCGGCCGCCACCCAGGGGCAUGGGUUCCCUUCAGAAUGUGUUCAUGCAGCAUUUGGGGGUCUGGGGGCGCUGAGUCCUUCUGCCCCCUCUCCGGACAGGGCUUUUUCAGUUCCUGGAAGGGGCGGCACAGGCGGGGUGAGGAGUGCCCUCGGCCCUGCGCCCUCACCGCACUGAGGCCUGCCCGGUGCGGCCCGCAGGGCUUGAUGCCCUGGGUGCAUGUGGCUUUGUCCUUUCCUUUUGGUGAUGGCAAACGAGGGGCAGGUCCCCCAAGAGUCCCUUUCCUCCCAGAGGCACAGCAGAUGGGAAACUGAGGAGAGGCUGGGAAAGCAUCC